AUGAAGAAUCUUGGGUUGUUCGAAAUUCUUUUGCUUUUCUGUCUCUUUGUCUCUACCACUACAGUUUCUUGUCUAAACUCAGAUGGGUUAACUCUACUCUCGCUUCUAAAGCAUUUGGACAAAGUACCACCACAAGUAACUUCGACAUGGAAGUUAAACGCAUCUGAAACCACUCCAUGUAAAUGGUUUGGUAUCACUUGUGACAAAUCUAGAAAUGUUGUGUCUCUCAGCUUUAUUCAGUCUAACGUUUCAGGCCAAUUGGGUCCUGAAAUUGGAGAGCUCAAGAGUUUGCAGACUUUGGAUCUGAGUACUAACAAUUUCACUGGAAUCAUACCUUCAAGUUUAGGAAACUGUACUUCACUAGUGGAUCUUGAUUUGUCUGAAAACGGAUUCUCUGGUAAGAUCCCAGAUACUCUCGGUAACUUGAAGAAUUUGGUGGAGCUUUAUCUUUACGAAAACUUCCUCACUGGUGAGCUACCUGAAUCCUUGUUUCGAAUUCCGACUUUGCAGAUUUUUCAUGUUGAGUAUAACAAUCUAACCGGUCCGAUUCCUCAAAGUGUUGGUGAGGCUAAGGAGAUUACGGAUCUGCGUUUGUUUGAGAAUCAGUUUUAUGGUAACAUCCCUGAGUCGAUUGGGAACUGCAGUAAGCUGGAGAUGUUGUAUUUACACAAGAACAAGUUAGUUGGUUCGUUGCCUGAAAGUCUCAAUCUUUUGGAGAAUCUCACUGACAUCUUUGUUGGUAACAACAGUUUACGAGGGCCUGUUCGUCUUGGUUCAACAAAUUGCAGGAAAUUGGUGACUUUAGACUUGUCAUACAAUCAAUUUGAAGGUGGUGUCCCUCCUGAAUUGGGGAAUUGCAGUAGCCUUGACGCUUUAGUCAUUGUGAGUGGUAACUUGUCUGGUACAAUCCCUUCAUCAUUGGGUAUGUUAAAGAAUCUUACGGUGCUUAACCUCUCUGAAAAUCGUCUCUCUGGGAGUAUUCCCGCGGAGCUGGGGAACUGCAGUAGCAUGACCUUGUUGAAGCUGAACAAUAACCAGCUUGGAGGUGAGAUACCGAGUACGUUGGGUAAGCUCAAGAAGCUAGAAAGUCUUGAGCUUUUCGAGAACCGGUUUUCGGGUGAGAUCCCUAUCGAGAUUUGGAAGAUUCAGAGUCUUGGGUUGUUGCUAGUUUAUCAAAACAAUCUCACAGGGAUACUACCUGUGGAAAUGACGGAGCUGAAGCAUCUAAAGAUCGUUACGCUCUUCAACAACAGCUUUUAUGGAGCGGUACCACCGGGUCUAGGUGUGAACAGCAGCUUAGAACAGGUGGAUUUUAUUAGUAACAAACUUACCGGAGAGAUACCGCCGAAUCUAUGCCAUGGAAAGAAGCUAACUGUGCUCAAUUUGGGUUCUAAUCUGCUUCACGGUAAAAUACCGACUUCUAUUGCUCACUGUAAGAGCGUCAGGAGAUUCAUCCUCAGAGAAAAUAAUCUUACAGGUCUUCUUCCUGAGUUUUCUCAGGAUCAUAGCCUUUCAUUUCUUGAUCUCAAUAGCAACAACUUCGAAGGACCAAUCCCGCACAGCCUCGGAAGCUGUAAGAAUCUCUCGAGCAUCAACCUGUCUCGAAACAAACUCACGGGACAGAUACCUCCACAACUUGGGAAUCUACAUAGCCUCGGAUACCUGAAUCUUUCGCAUAAUCUCCUAGCAGGCUCUCUACCAUCUCAGCUAUCUAACUGCGUGAAUAUUGAGCGUUUUGAUGUUGGGUUCAACUCAUUAAACGGUACAAUUCCCUCAAGCUUCAGUGCCUGGAAAGGUGUGGCCACUUUGGUUCUCAGCGAUAACCGGUUUUCUGGAGGCAUUCCACCGUUUUUGGCUGAGCUUGUAAAGCUGGCAGAUCUGCAGAUUGCUCGAAAUGCUUUUGGUGGUGAGAUUCCUUCGUCGCUUGGGUCAUUAGAGAAUCUGAUCUAUGGUUUGGACCUCAGUGGAAACGGAUUAACAGGUGAUAUUCCAGUCAAGUUGGGGGAUCUUGACAGACUAACACGACUCAACAUAUCCAACAACAAGUUGACAGGCUCUUUAUCGGUUCUUGAAGAUCUUACCUCAUUGCUUCACGCUGAUGUCUCGAACAACCAGUUCACCGGUCCAUUACCGGAAAAAUUGAAGGAUCAGUUCAUCUCUGACCCGUCGUCAUUUUCAGGAAAUCCCAACCUCUGCAUUCCACAUUCCUUCCCCGUUGGCAACAAUAGCCGCAGCGAGUUAAAGUACUGCGACGAUCUAUCUAGAAACGGGAAGAGUGGCCUCAGCACCUGGAAAAUCGCCCUCAUAGCAGUCUUGUCCUCUUUAUUCGUCCUGGGGUUGAUUCUUGCUCUUGUUUUCAUUUGCCUACGCCGUCACAGAGAAAGACCAGCCAAAGAUGCUUACGUCUUUACCGAGGAAGGCCCGUCUUUGUUGCUGAACAAAGUUCUUGCAGCAACUGACAAUCUAAACGAGAAGUACAUCAUUGGAAGAGGAGCUCACGGAAUUGUCUACAGAGCAUCUAUGGGAUCAGGUAAGGUCUACGCCGUGAAAAGACUCAUCUUCGCAUCUCACAUCCGCGCAAACCAGAGUAUGAUGAGGGAGAUCGAGACAAUCGGGAAAGUCAGGCACAGGAAUCUGAUUAAGUUAGAAGGGUUUUGGCUGAGGAAAGAUGACGGUUUGAUGCUGUAUAGAUACAUGCCCAAAGGAAGCCUAUACGACGUUCUCCACGGUGUUAGCCCAAAAGAAAAUGUCCUAGACUGGUCUGCACGGUACAACGUAGCGCUCGGGGUCGCUCACGGACUGGCCUAUCUACACUAUGACUGCCAUCCUCCGAUUGUUCAUCGCGACAUAAAACCAGAGAACAUACUCAUGGACUCGGAUUUGGAGCCUCACAUUGGUGAUUUCGGUUUGGCUCGCCUUCUUGAUGACUCAACUGUUUCAACUGCGACUGUUACAGGCACCACCGGGUACAUCGCACCAGAAAACGCUUUUAAAACCGUGAGGGGAAGAGAAUCCGAUGUCUACAGUUACGGAGUUGUGUUGCUCGAGCUGGUAACGAGGAAGAGAGCAGUGGACAAAUACUUCCCAGACAACACAGAUAUAGUAAGCUGGGUCAGAUCUGUCUUGAGCAGCAACAAUGUCGAGGACAUGGUAACAACAAUCGUCGAUCCGAUUCUCGUGGACGAGCUUCUGGAUUCGAAUCUUAGGGAACAAGUGAUUCAAGUGACGGAACUAGCACUGAGCUGUACUGAGAAUGAUCCGACAAGGAGGCCGACGAUGAGAGAUGUGGUGAAACUGUUGUGCGAUGCGAAAGGUCUUGUAAGAAGCUCAUCUGAAUCAGUUCGAUUUUUUUUCAUCUGGCCGGAGAUGACGAUAGGGGCGGUGGGGGAGAGUUUGCUGAUUCGGACUCCGGUGGUUUUUCCGGCGGUUCUGGGCUUAAUUCGCCGGAAUGUAAAGCCGCAGCUCGGUUUUCCUCUGUCGAACAGGUUGUCUCGUGGUGUGGUUCUGGCGGUUCAUGGAGGGAGAGGAUAUGCAUCUCCAUGGGAUGAAAAACCCUAUGAAACUCUUCCCACUGGUAAAAGGAUUUACGUUGAUGAAUCUGAUGUUGUGACGUUUCUUGAUCCUCCCAAGGAGUUGAUUCCAUUGGACCCUGCUUCGUAUAACCCGGCUGCUUAUCUCUGGAAAAAGAUUGAAGAUAUCCCUGAAGAGAGGCGCCACCGUUUGCUGCAAUUGUUAGAGCCAAGGCUUAUAUCAAGAGCGUGGGAUAUAGCAAGUGCUCGUUAUGAAGAUCCAAAGUUAGCUAAAAAGACUGCAUCCAAGUUGUUCUCUACUGAAGAUCCGGAAAUUUCAGUUGAAUACUUUAACUGCCGAACAAGUCAGGGUCCUCUUAUCGUAUCUUGGAUAAAUUCCUUUAGGAUGGCUCUGUUUUGCUCCAACAACGGCCAAAUCUAUGGGCGUGUUUGUGGUGGACCGGUAGUUUCAACCCUUGCCGAUGCUUUCAGUCCGCUAUACUUUGAGGUCACAGAAGCUAUGGAAGUUAUGGCCACGGAAGAACCCUGCGACAUAGCAUGCAAAUUUGGUGAUGGCCUUGUUGCUGUUGAAGAUUACCCACAAGGCUUCCCUCGACCAGCAAAGCAUCCGUAUCCAUUCAACGACAGCGUCGUGAUAUACAUACGCCAUAUAGGUCCUGGUGUAUGCGUAGGACAGGCAUGGCAAGAAGGGAAAGAGCUGCAACAAGUACCUCAAAGAUUAUGCUCCGACAUUCUUAUGGUCAAACAAUACAAUUGA